AUGCUGCUUAAUGUAUAAGUUCAAUCUCUAUCCAUAGUUGAGAAUGAAUACCUCGCCUUCUAAGAAGAUAAGUUGUUAGCCAAGAUGAGGAAAAAACAAGAACGAGAAUUGGAGUAAUUGAAAUUGUAUGAGCAAUAAAAAGCAGAAUAGGAGAAACGUAAGUUCUCCAUCAUCGAAUAGACCAAAUCCAAACAAUAGUAAAUUGAAUAGACUCUGAAGGAGAAGAAAUUAUUGGUAACAUUGAGUCGAUAUCAUUUUCAGAUAGAGUUGAAGAAGAAAGAGAAAGAGAAGGAGAAGUUGCUUAAAAUCAAAAAGAUAGAACAAGAACAUUUGAAGGAAUUAGCCUAAAAUGAUAUAUCAAAGGAUGAUUUUAUGGAGUAACUUAAUAGCAAUUAAAAUAAAGAGGAAACUAUUUUGACCAAUCGAAAUAAGAAAUCUAAUGUUAAAAAAAUAGCUGAAGGAAUAGUCAAAACUCAAUAGGAGGAGAUUCUAAUCAAAAAAAUGCAAUUGGAUAAGAAUUAGAAAGAGUAGGAGGAAUUGUGGAAGGAAUUGAAUGACAAAAAAGAAUAGCUAUUUAAUGAGUUGAAAUUGGCGAAGAAGAAAUAAAUUAAGAAGAUCAAAUAGAGAAAUGAGGAAGAGAAAAAUGCAUAUUAUCAAGAAUAACUAUAGAAGAUAGAAUAAUAUAAGAAGAAAUUAGAUGACAUCGAACUUAAUCAAUUAACCAAACAGGAAUUAUUAGAACAGAAGAAAAAGGAAAAGUUAGAAAAAUUGAAAAAAGUUAUGCAAAACUAUAAGAAAAUUAUGUCUGAAAAAAGUGAGAAGGCUUAAUUGAAAGUAUAAUAAGUUGAAGAGAAGAUCAAUCUGAUAUAGGAGAGAAUGAAAUAGGCAGAAGAUAACAUAGAGUAAUAUGAAAAGGAUAAAAGUAAUCACAGGAAGAAUAUUAAAUCAAAGAACGGCAACAUUCUAAAUAAUAAGAAUGAAACAUUUCAAGAGAAGUUAAGAUAAAAGGAUGAGGAGCAUUUAAAAUCUAUUACUGAAACUUAAUCCUUAUCUAGAUUAAAGUAAGAGCAGGAAAGGCAGAAGAAGGAAGAAUAGAUUAAGGAACAUAAAAAAAAAGCUGCAGAAAUACUUAAAGAUAUUGUGGAAACAAAAAAUAAAAAAUUAUAGGAGAAACUAGAAAAGGCACAACAAUUUAAGGAUGAUAAAGAGAAAUUAUUCUAGUAACAAUAAAUGCUAGCCAAAGACAUUGAGCGUUAAAAAAAAUAAAUAUUACUGAAGAGUCCUAAAAACAAUCAUGUAGAUUAAUGA